AUGAGCGCCUGUGGGAGAAAGGCCCUGACCCUGCUGAGCAGUGUCUUUGCUGUCUGCGGCCUGGGCCUGCUGGGCAUCGCGGUCAGCACGGACUAUUGGCUGUACCUGGAGGAAGGCAUCAUCCUUCCGCAGAACCAGAGCACAGAGGUCAAAAUGUCCCUGCACUCGGGCCUCUGGCGGGUCUGCUUCCUUGCUGGCGAGGAGCGAGGACGGUGUUUCACCAUCGAGUACGUGAUGCCCAUGAACUCCCAGAUAACGUCAGAAUCCACAGUCAACGUGCUAAAAAUGAUUCGCUCGGCCACCCCCUUCCCGCUCGUCAGCCUCUUCUUCAUGUUCAUCGGGUUCAUCCUAAGCAACAUCGGGCACAUUCGUCCCCACCGGACCAUACUGGCCUUUGUCUCCGGCAUCUUCUUUAUCCUCUCAGGCCUCUCUCUUGUGGUGGGCCUGGUGCUGUACAUCUCCAGCAUCAAUGAUGAGAUGCUCAACAGAACCAAGGAUGCAGAGACCUAUUUCAACUACAAAUAUGGAUGGUCGUUUGCCUUCGCCGCCAUCUCCUUCCUGUUAACAGAGAGUGCUGGGGUAAUGUCUGUGUACCUGUUCAUGAAGAGGUAUACUGCCGAGGACAUGUAUCGACCUCACCCGGGCUUCUACCGGCCACGCCUAAGCAACUGUUCCGAUUACUCUGGCCAGUUUCUCCAUCCAGACGCCUGGAUCAGGGGCCGCAGCCCCUCGGACAUCUCCAGCGAUGCCUCCCUACAGAUGAACAGCAACUACCCGGCUUUGCUCAAGUGCCCAGACUACGACCAGAUGUCCUCGUCUCCCUGCUGAGCUCUGGCCUCCUUCCCACCUGAACUUUGGAUGGCUGGACAGCCUUUCCCUUUCCCCCUGAGCCGCGGCCCAGGCCGUUCCCUGCUUUGCCGUAGUCACCUGA